GGUAUGGAUCGAAGUCUUUGUACAGAUAUUUUAAUGAAAUAGUUUUUGUUGGAUGAAUUUAUAUUUUCGCUCAUGGCAAGACUUUGGUCAUAUGACAGACGAUCACAUUAUCGUUCUUUGGGUAGGUCAUGUUAUUGAUUUCUGCAAAAUGGCUGUGAAAAUGGUUCUGUUUUGGAUUAUCGCCAUUUUUUCAAUAUCUGGUACUCAUGCGUCAGGAGAGUUUACUAUUCUUCACAGCCCUAAGUCUCUAAAAUUUUCGGGAUCUAUGAAAACAUUAGAAAGUCAACUUAAGGAAGUGUUUUCUGCAUCUUUGGGGCUCUCAGUUGAAGAGAAUUCCGAAUGGAAUGGGCUUUCCAUUAACGAUCCAUUCAGUACCCCAGAAGCCGUGGUAGAAGUUUAUGUUGAUGGUGUGUCUACUCUAGGAAACAGUGGUUUGGGAAAAUCAAAAGUUUAUCCGCUUACUGUUGAUGAAUAUGAACCAGAUACAUUUGAGGCUGUGGAGCACCGAAUCAAGCAGCAUUUCACUAACGGUGGUAACAAGUUGGUUAAAAUUGAUCUUUCUGACAUUGACCAGUUAAUUUCCAGAUCAGAUGUGUUUGGUCCCAUUACUCCACCAAAGGCGACAAAAAAAAGUACUUUACAGCAUAUAAAGUAUUCCAUUGAAGAAGACUUUCAGUUUCUCACAGAGCUUGAAGCUCUGAAGACUAUUACUAAUCAGGUGAAGGCGAUCAAACCUGAUGAUAUAAUUGAUUUUUACACAUUCAGAUUUAGGUCAUUACAUGCUCUUUCCGACUUUCAUGGCCCAAACUCUCUGCAAGCUAAAGAAGCAAAAAAACUCUUGAGUGAAGCCUUGUUAGAACUGAGCGAUGCAUUUGAGAAAGCUUAUGAUGGGUCUGUGCUUGUGACUGUGGUAAAUACCGAUGUAGCACAUACGCGUCGUACCAUACGUUCUGUUGAAUCCGCCAGGCAACUUCGAAAUGGGACUAUAGAGCACAAAGAUGAUAAAUAUUCCUCAGAAUACUCAGCUAUUUUCAAUAUUAUUUUGUGGUUUGGAAUAGUAUUUUCGUUUACCCUGGUUGCUAUUGUAUAUGCAAUAAUGGACAUGGACCCUGGCAGGGAUUCUAUCAUCUACAGGAUGACUAGCACCAGAAUGAAGAAAGAUAAUUAAAUAUAAGUGCUUUAACAUAGUGAUCACUCUCACUUUUCAACAUUACAUCUGUUGUCAUGGUUACUAUCUUCAUCUAAAUAUUGUUAAGCCCUGUAUCGACUAGAGGCCAGUUAAGUAGUCAAAACCGCUUCACUGUAGAAAUUUGCCUUGGUUUGUUGCAUAUCCGAUGGAAGAUGUGUCAAGCAUUUCUUGGAACUAUGUGUUAGUCCGCGACGGAUAGUCGAGUAUACAUGGUUAAAUGUCAUUCCAUAUAUUUGUCAACCGGUAAUUGCGCGACUAUCUUCCGUUGAGAUAUGCACGUCGCAGUUUCACAGUAAAUGUAUAUAUAGGAUUCAAUUUACUGCUUUUCAUAUUGACUGCUCGGCAAGCCUAGUCGGCGCCAGGCAUAUUAGAUCAGCCUUUUUACAUCUACAAUCCCAAACAAUAUUUGAUCAGGUAAUUUAAACGUUUUAUAGUUUUAGUUGAUUGAAAUGUGAUUUGAAUUUGUAAAACACAUUACAUGUUAAGUAUUAGAUACAUUUAUUUAAGUGUUUGAGUACAAUACCUUCUUCUGUAAAAUAUAUGAUUAUGGUAUUUAUAUUUAGCAAGAUAUCAAAACUAAUUUAUUUCGUUAAUCUAUAAAUAUGUUUUAGAAAAAAAAACUUCGAUGUUAACUCAAUAUAUCACUAAAAAUAGAAUGUUUGAAAAUAAAUUUUGAACACAUUCCUACCGAUUAAUUUGUUUUAUUUUUCAUUUA